AUGGCCGCCCUCAGCAGCCCCGGCUCCAGCCCCCACCCCACCUCCCCCCGGGUCUACUUCCAGUCCCCCAGCGAGACCUCCGAGGAGCCAGAGAGGCGACAUCCGGGGAAAGUCACCGUCAAGUAUGACCGCAAGGAGCUGAGGAAGAGGCUGCGGCUGGAGGAGUGGAUCCUGGAGCAGCUGGUCCUUCUCUAUGACUGCCAGGAAGAAGAAAUCCCAGAACUGGAAAUUGAUGUGGAUGAAUUGUUAGACAUGGAGACUGAUGAACAGAGAGGAGAGAGGAUGAAGGAACUUCUUAAUGACUGUUACAAACCAACAGAUGCCUUUAUAACUGGGUUACUGGAGAAGAUUCAGGGAAUGCAGAAGCUAAGCACUCCACAGAAGAAGUGA